AGGCGGAAGUCCCGGAUUGAGGCGCCGCCAUUUUUGCUGCCCGGACGCGGAGGGAGAGGCUGAGAGAGUCGGAGACGCUAUCCGCUUCCAUCCGUCGCGCAGACCCUGCCGGAGCCGCUGCCGCUAUGGAUGAUCGGGAGGAUCUGGUGUACCAGGCGAAGCUGGCCGAGCAGGCUGAGCGAUACGACGAAAUGGUGGAAUCAAUGAAGAAAGUAGCAGGGAUGGAUGUGGAAUUGACAGUUGAAGAAAGAAACCUCCUAUCUGUUGCAUAUAAAAAUGUGAUUGGAGCUAGAAGAGCUUCCUGGAGAAUAAUCAGCAGCAUUGAACAGAAAGAAGAAAACAAGGGAGGAGAAGACAAACUAAAAAUGAUUCGGGAAUAUCGGCAAAUGGUUGAGACUGAAUUAAAGUUAAUCUGUUGUGACAUUCUGGAUGUACUGGACAAACACCUCAUUCCAGCAGCUAACACUGGCGAGUCCAAGGUUUUCUAUUAUAAAAUGAAAGGGGACUACCACAGGUAUCUGGCUGAAUUUGCCACAGGAAAUGACAGGAAGGAGGCUGCCGAGAACAGCCUAGUGGCUUAUAAAGCUGCUAGUGAUAUUGCAAUGACAGAACUUCCACCCACGCAUCCUAUUCGCUUAGGUCUUGCUCUCAAUUUCUCCGUAUUCUACUAUGAAAUUCUUAAUUCCCCUGACCGUGCCUGCAGGUUGGCAAAAGCAGCUUUUGAUGAUGCAAUUGCAGAACUGGAUACGCUGAGUGAAGAAAGCUAUAAGGACUCUACACUUAUCAUGCAGUUGUUACGUGAUAAUCUGACACUAUGGACUUCAGACAUGCAGGGUGAUGAUUCCUAAAGGAAAAUCCAACUCUUCCUUUCCUAAAAACUACUUUGUGAAGAGCAGAAUAAAGAAGCGCUGCAGGAUGUGGAAGAUGAAAAUCAGUGAGACAUAAAAGCCAACAAGAGAAACCAUCUCUGACCACCCCACUCCUUCCCAUCCCACCCCUCCUUGGAAAUUCCCCCAUUGUCACUGAGAACCACCAAAUCUGACUUUUACAUUUGGUCUCAGAAUUUAGGUUCCUGCCCUGUUGGUUUUUUUUAAAAACAGUUUUCAAAAGUUCUUAAAGGCAAGAAUGAAUUUCUGUGGAUUUUACUGGUCCCAGCUUUUAGGUUCUUUAAGACACUAACAGGACUGCAUAGAGGCUUUUUCAGCAUUACUGUAUUGUCUCCUGCCAGAUGUGGCAAGAUCACCAUUAGAAAUGGAAAUUGCAUUUGAAAGCCAUUAGGCUUCUAGGUGAUGAGAGCAUCUAAGAGAGAGGUUAAUCACACUGUAGAGGCAUAUGUGGUAUCAGUUUUCCCUUUUCUAAUUGUUUAAAUGAAUUUUAUACCAAUGUUUAAAACUAAUUGAGAAUUAGCUUGAGGUGGUUAAAGGUUGUUUGGGAAGUUUGCUGUAAUGGUUUUGCUGUAAAAAGUGUUUCAAACUCUGCUGAAAUGUUGCUGUAAAGCAUGGUGCUGGUAACAGUUCAACAAUCCGUGGCUGCUCAUUCUUGCCUACUUUACUCUCCCUCUGAAGCAGGUUAGCAUUGAAGGUGGUAUGGAAAAGCCUGCAUGCGUGUUCAAUUCUUUGUUUCUUCUCCUUCCUUCUCUCCUACCCCCCCCUUUCCUUCGCUCGCUCAACCUCUUUUGUUCAGUAUGUGUAACUUGAAGCUAAUUUGUACUACUGGAUAUCUGACUGGAGCCACAGAUACAGAAUCUGUAUUGUUCUUACUGAAACACAGCAUGGAAUUAACAUUAAACUUAAAUAAAACAAACCUAAAUUAAAAAUGCCAAA